AUGACCGCGAAUGAAGAAUCUCCUCUGCUCCAGAAUCCGACCGAGCAAAGCUCAAGUGUCCAGGAGCAGCAGAAAGGACAGACUGAGCGCGCCAAUCAACUUGUCGUUUACGGCUCAUUCAUUGGGAUCUUUGUUGCGGCAGCGGAUGACUCUCUGGCGAUUUCGACAUGGAGCUCCAUAGCCUCUCAAUUCCAGCGCCUGUCAGAAGGCUCAUGGCUCGUUGUGGCGUAUAAUUUCGGGUUUUGUGUCUCUCUUCCCAUGUAUGGCACCCUGAGUAGCAUGUACGGUCGGAAGAAUGUCCUUCUCGGUGCUUAUGCCCUUUUUGCCGUGGGAUGCAUCGCAUGUGGUGUCAGUGGCUCGUUGGAACAGCUGGUUUUCUCCAGAGUGUUAGCCGGAAUCAGCGGCGGCGGGAUGAUCUCCCUCGUUUCGAUCAUCAUCACCGACUUGAUCCCUCCUGACGACGUGGCUCUUUUCCGAAGUUAUGCCAAUGUUGUCAGUGUCCUCGGCAGGAGUCUCGGUGCUCCGUUGGGUGGGCUUUUGAUUCAGACAAUCGGCUGGCGAUGGUCUUUCCUCGGUCAGCUUCCUCUUGUCAUUGCUUGCGGUCUGGUGGCAGCCUAUGGCCUUCCAUCAUCGUUGAACAUUCGCGAAGUCGAAGAAGACCAUGAGAAUGCUCCGCCCACCAAGCUCUCGGAGGUCGACUUUACCGGUCUUUUCUUUCUAGCCUUAUCCACAGUCAUCUUACUAUUCCUACUUCAAGAUGCAAGUGUCACCACGGAGGACCACUCCCACUUGAUGACGUUGCUAGUGCCAUCUUUGGUCGCUGCUGUGGGCGUGUUUCUUUUUGUAGAGGCAUACUGCGCCUGCAGGCCGCUCAUUCCGCUUAACCUUGUGGCAGGAUCUUUGGGUGGCUAUUCGGCGGGACAAGUGUUGAUGAACACUGCUCGCAUGGCGGUUGUGAGCAACCUCGUCCCCUACUUUGUUCGCGUCGAUCAAGCUAGCAACGUUUUUGCUUCCUCGACGUACGUGAUUAGCGCGUCGGGCGUCUCUAUCGGGGGCGUUGUUGCUGGUGCAAUUAUCAAGAGAACGAAACGCUCCAAAAAGAUGAGCAUCAUCGCUGUCGGAGCGUCCAUCCUUGUUUAUAUCCUCAUCUUUGCACGCUGGCGCGAUGGCUGUUCCAUCCCCGAGAUGUUUUACUUGUUCCCUAACGGAUUCGCUGCCGGUAUAUUGUUCUCCACACAAUUCAUUGGAAUGUCGUUUGGUGCGCCGAAAGGAUGUCUGGAGACUUGCAUCACGACAUACUAUCUGUUUCAACAGUUGGGGUUGAUCAUCGGUCCUGCUUCCGGGGUGGCAGUCGUUCAACGAGUGUUUGGGAACCGACUGUCGCAGAAUCUAGACGGAUUUGAAGAAAAACAAUUCAUCGGUCGGAUACUCGACGAUGCCAGAUUCGCCGAGAACUUGUCGGACUCUGUUCAGCAGGUUGUUCGCUCGAGCUACCUCUAUGCGUUCCAAUUCGUACCGCUCAUUUCUGCAGCGUGCUCGGUAGCUAUGCUGCCUAUCGUCUUGUGGUUGAAGGAAGAGAAGAUCGAGUGA